GCUGCACCGAUCUUUUCAAAACUCACCUCUCAUUUCUCGAUAUUCAUAUUCUCUGCUGAAUCAAAAUGGCUAAGAAAGCCACCCUUGCAUCGUCAAAAGCAAAAGCUUCGUCCUUGCAACCCCAAGCUAAAAGUCAGAAAUCACCAAAAGUGGUUCAACGACCACAGGAAUCUUCUGAGGACGAUGUCGAAGACGAGGAGUCGGUCGGGUCGCAGGAACACGAGGAGGAUAGCUCAGAUGACGAGGAGGACGUCGACGAAGAGGGCAUGAAGAAAUUAAUGGUGGCUUUGGGUGAAGAUGGACUUGACGAGUUUGCUCAGACCGAGCUGCGCGCAUUAACGGGAGACGAGGACAGUGAUGAGGAGGAAAGCGACGCAGAGGAAGGUAGUGAAAUUGCCGAGGAAGAUGUUGACGAAGUCGAUGCACAACAAUCUGGUGAUGAGGACGAGGAAGUACAGGAAGGUGCUUCCGAAGACGAAGACGAGGAACGGGCGGUAGAAAGUGAGAGAGAUGAGGAUGAAGAGGAGCAGGAUAUACCCUUGGAUGAGGCUGAGUCUGUAGACGAGGACGUUGUUCCUCGGCAGAAAAUUGAAAUCGACAACAAGAUUGCUCUUGCACGCAUAAGAGAGACCAUUCAGUUGGACCCUUCCAUGCCAUGGACGGAAACGUUAACUGUGACGUAUCCUGAAUCCAUCGAGGUUGAUGUGGAUGAUGACCUCAACCGUGAACUUGCUUUUUAUAAGCAAGCACUGCACGGAGCAAACACUGCGAAGGACCUUGCCGCUAAGCACAACUUCCCGUUCACCCGUCCCGCAGAUUACUUCGCAGAGAUGGUGAAAUCAGACGCACACAUGGAACGGAUACGACAACGAUUAUUGGAUGAGGGUGCGACUAUCAAGCGAAGCGAAGAGAAACGGAGGGAACGUGAAGGCAAGAAGUUCGGAAAGCAAGUGCAGAUGGAAAAGCUCAAGGAGCGGGAGCGAAGUAAGAAGGAUAUGGAAGAGAGGCUCAAAGGUCUCAAGCGAAAACGCAAGGGUGCUAUGGAUAACGCUCAAGAAGACGAAGGAGCUUUCGACGUCGCCGUAGAAGAUGCUAUUUCCGACCGACCUUCCAAGCGCGGGCGCGGAGGAGGACGAGGUGAUAAACGCGGCAUCUCUCGACCUGCUCGCGACAAAAAAUUCGGCUUUGGUGGACCUGGAAAGCGUGCCAAGCAGAAUACCAAGGAUUCAACGGACGACUUCGUUUCUCGAGGUUCCGGAAGAUCAUCAAGAGGCGGCAGAGGCGGAGCGAGGGGAGGUUCAAAACGACUUGGAAAAAGCAGGCGGAUGACUUCGCGUGGUCGCUCAUAGUAUUUGUAUCCACCUGAUGUUUCUGCCUUUCCUUGUAUCCACCUGAUAUCUUUCUGCCUUUGCUUUGAGUCAAAUGCAAGGUUAAAUGUCGGAUGCCACUAUGAUUU